UAAUUUCAUGAUCAGGUUCCCAGAGGAAAUUAAGCAUUUCUUAAAUAUCUGAGAUAAAGAAUUUUGCCGGAAUUUAUUUAAAUUAAUUUAUUUAAAUGCUGUCGGAAUUACUUAAAACGUACACAUGUAAAUAGUGUUUCACUUUCAUGCUGAACAGAGAAACGAAACGGAAGUGGGCGUAAGCCAUGCCGUUUGGAAACUUUAGAUACUGAACUAGUUGUUUCCACAUCCUCGGACUUAAGCAACUCAGGAGUAUGGCACAUUACAACCAGCAACCGUUUUUUAACCCAACUGUCCCCUUCACCGGUUCUAUUCAAGGUGGACUUCAAGACGGGAAAACAAUCACCAUUACCGGAAAAGUUAAAGAAAAUACGCAGAGGUUCCAUGUGAACUUGCAGUGCGGGUCGAGGGCCGGAGCGGACGUAGCGCUUCACUUCAACCCGAGGUUUGAUGAUUAUCCCGAAUACGUGGUCCUGAACACCUACAGGAGCUCAGCGUGGGGCACCGAGCAGCGAAAGUACGAGGCUCCUUUCCCUCGGGGCUCCACAUUCACACUGACUAUCAUGGUCAGUCGUGAAAAAUACAAGUUGAUGACCAAUGGGAACCACUUCAUGGAAUAUAAGCACCGCAUCCCCUUCGGUCAAGUGGACACCAUCGCAGUGGAUGGUGGAGUUGAGCUGGCCUCCAUCAGCUUCCAGAAUCCCACGGCUCCACAUAUGCCACCACAGCAAGCAUUUCCUUCUUACUGUACUCCCACACAAGCUUUUCCUUCUUACUGUCCUCCUCCACAAGCUUUUCCUCCACAGUAUGGUGCAUUUCCGGCCAUGCCUGGAUAUUCUCCCUCCUUUGUCAUUCCGUACAAGGCCACCAUACCUGGUGGACUUUAUGCAGGGAGGAACAUCACCAUCCAGGGCGUGGUCCAUCCGGACGCUAAAAGGUUCCACGUCAACCUGCGCUCCCAAUCUGGGAUCGCCCUGCAUUUUAACCCCCGCUUUGAUGAGAAUGUAGUGGUGCGCAACAACCAGGUGCAAGGCAGAUGGGGCACGGAGGAACGUUCCGGAGGCAUGCCCUUCAGCCGAGGCCAGACGUUCACGAUGAUGAUCAUGUAUGAAAAUCAGUUCUUCAGGAUUAUGGUCAAUGGCGUACAGGCAUUCACCUUCAACCACCGCCAUGGGACCUCAGAGCCAAAUGACACCAUGGAGGUGGAUGGAAAUGUCACCUUGACCUCAGUAAUGUUCUGAGGAAGACAGACCUGCAUCUGCAAGUCAAAGUUGAAAUAAAUUCAAAAGUAAUUGAAAUUAUCCUUCCAUUUUUGCCAGAGGCUUUGACUACAUUUUCUUUCAUACAUAAUACAAUAUAUUUGUAAUCUAUUUCGUAGAUGCAAUGUGCUAGACAUUUUUAAUCUACAUUUUAGAAUUUUAUUUGCAUUUUACCAUUUAUAUAAAGAUUUGUUAAACAUUUGCUUGCUGCAAGAUCCAAGAACACUUCAUUUAUGCUGCUUUUAUACAGUAUGUAUACACCUCUCAUUUGUUGGUAAAUGUUUUUAUAUGACUUUACUAUCUGCCAUGUUCAAACUGUGACCUGUCAUUUCAUUUGACCCUUUAAGGUCCAGCUCCAUUAAAUAUCUACAAUUCA